UACCGCCAGUCCUCCCUUCUCGUCACGAUUUUUUAUUUUUAUCAGCAAAAUAUUUGGUCAAUGGACAUUUUGGGAAGGCAACCGCAACCGCAGAUAAAUACGUGAUUUUAGAUUUAAACCAUUUUGUACGAAAAUCAGUCUGCAAUUGAUCAAAUUAUGGAGCAGUUUGAUGAUGUGGAUGCUGUUUCACGUUCGUGCAGUUGGUGCAGCAGCGGCGAGAGCAGCUGCAGCGCCUCCACCAUGAAGCCUGCAGGGGGCCCCAACUCCCCCGAAGGACACACCGAGAGGCGCAGGCUCAGGUUCCGGGAGAGGCCACCUUCACGAGCGCAGGGGCAGGGUCGAGCGAGGCGGCCUUGCUCUACGCAGUUAAACUUUCUCUCAGAGAAUACUUGCGAGGUUCUCAGGCCAGGGCCAGGGCCCAUCAACGCAUUACCACACCUUGCAUACAAGCGGCCUCCGCGGGCGAGCGCUGGCGUCAUUUCAACGUGCCACACCGAGUCGUCGCUCGCUAACUUCUUUGGGACCUCGUGCGGGUCGGGCCCUGUCGUCAGGAUCUGCGAAGGGCGCCUGCGUGGCAGGACCCUGAGGACAGAAGGAAAUACCACCUACUACAGCUUCCAGGGCAUCCCCUAUGCAAGGCCUCCCCUGAGAGAACUGAGAUUCCAGGCACCCCGGGCGCCCAGGAAAUGGCACGGCAUCAGGGACGCGGGAAAGGAGGGACCCUGCUGCAAGCAGCCCAAAGUCAGGAUCAGGCCGCUGCCGCGAUCCUGGUCUUUCAGAGAUGUGGCAGCCUUCGUGGCCGUCAUGCCGAACCUCUUUCGCCGGUUCACCAAGAUGUUUUGUGGCAGCGAGGACUGCCUCUAUCUCAACGUCUACACCCCUGAGCUGCCCUCUCAUGCUGACUACAUUGACCUCCGCCCCGUGUUGGUUUGGAUUCACGGCGGAGGUUUCCUCGUCGGCGACGGGGAUGCUGAUGUAUACGGCCCCGACUACUUCUUGGAAAUGGGGAUCGUGGUUGUGACCAUCAACUACCGCCUGGGGCCCUUCGGCUUUCUGGCCGUGGGGACCGAGGCGGCCCCCGGCAACGCGGGCCUCAAGGACCAGGUGCAGGCACUGCGCUGGGUCAAACGCAGCAUUGCCAACUUCGGCGGCGACCCCAACCGGGUCACGCUGUAUGGAGAGAGUGCAGGCGCCGCAGCAGUGCACCUGCACACCUUGUCUCCCUUAUCCAGAGGCCUCUUCCAUGGAGUGAUCGCGGGUUCAGGCUCCGCGCUGCACGACUGGGCCAUAACAAAUCAGCAAGUGUCGAAGGCGCGAGAGCUCGCCAGGUACCUGGGUAUCCACACCAACAACGAGGACAGGUUGGUUAACGCUCUCAAGAGGGAGAGCUCUGACCGCAUUCUGACUGGCUUGCUCAGUAUGAGGAACCAAGAGCGCUUUGUGGGCAACGAGCUUGCGUUCCUGCCUGUGGUGGAGCCUGACCUCCCCGGAGCCUUCCUCUGCGAGGACCCGGCCUCCAUCCUCAGGCGAGGCGGGCAGGCCCCAGUCCCCAUGAUGACCGGCGCCAAUAGCAGGGAGGGCCUGUUGUGGUUGAUAGGCAAUCCCACGUCGAACCGACACAACCCUGAAUCAGAUGCAGAGAUGGCGAAGCUCAACAAACGUCUAGUCGACCAACCCUUUCUAAGUGACUUCAUGUUCAACGCAAUGAGCCCUGUAGACCGGGAGGAGUGUCACUUUGAAAUCAUGCAGUGUUACUUCGGCUUCAAAAAAUUGUCCAAGGAGACAUUGUCAAAGUUCAUAGAUCUGUUCGGUGACAUAUGCUUCAUCAACCCGCUCUACGACGUUACCAAGGCCCAUGCCACCAGGAGGUCACCAGUCUACGUGUACCACAUGAGUUUUGAUGGGAACCUGGGAUUCUUCAAGCGCCUGCUAGGGCUGAAGCAUUAUCCAGGUGUCGCACAUAGCGAUGAACUGGGCUACUUGUUCCGGGUGCGAGUCCUCCCGGACACCCCUAUCAGCCCAGAAGAUGAUCUGCACCGUCGGCGCCUUCUAAAACUGUGGAGCAAUUUCAUUCACACAGGUAAUCCGACCCCCGACGAUGGGGCGAGCUUGGGCGUGCUCUGGACACCGACAUGGCGUCGCAACCAAAUGAACUUCUUGGAGAUCGGAGAAACACUGUACAUGCGCAAGGAUCCUCCCAACGAGCGCAUGAUCUUCUGGGACUCCAUCUACCACCGGUACCUGGGCAGGCCACUUAUCUCCUAGCGGUUAGAGCUGGGCCCCUCGUCAUCCUCUGAGUGCACGCCGUCGCCACCCCUGACUGGGGACGACGAGGAGAUGUGCUUCGAGUUCGACGAGGAGCCCAGCCGCCCCACUCCCUUGGGGGGGCGGUUGCCGGAGGUGGCGUCUGGUUUGGGCGCGGCGCUCGGCGGCAAGCUCAAAAAUGGCCUUGACGUGGUCAAGGGUGCCGUGGCGUCGGAGGGAAGUCCUCUGCAGCCAGGGUCGUCGACCCGUGCGUGGUUCGACAUGGCCGCUGCCAGCACCGCAAACAAGUGCCGGGCCCUGGGCCAGGCCUACAACAGGGCUCUCUUUGGCUCCGACCAAACGGCCUCACUCACUCCUACUAGCGACGCCGUAGAGCGUUAUUGAAUCGUUGGGCGAUGAAGCCAACUCAUGCCUGUAAGGAUGGCAAAACUCAAAUUUCGUGCUACACAAUGUUUAUCUUUGUUAAAAACUUUAAUGGCUUUGCAACCCCUGUUUGCUUGCGUAGUCGGUGUAUCAUGGAGAUACACUUAAAGCCCUAGCCAAAAUUGUGGUUUCUGCUUCUCUUUUUUUAUUUUUAUCGCACUUUUUUUCGAAUGCAGGGUUACUUUGAGAGUUGUGAAUUGGCUGUGAGUGAAGUAAUAGUUAUUGAUGAUAAGGGGAAGACAGAUCUCUGGAAGUGGAGAUUAACCACAAUAUGCUCGUGGCUAACAAAAUUUGAAUUGGAAAAUGACGUGCGUUUUAAAUAUCUUUCAGCACUUGAACCACGCGUGUAUCACACACAAAACUUAUUCAUUAAAAUAUGUGUUUAGAUAUUAGAUUCUACCCCCUGUUAAUGAAGCCUUCUGUGUUGGUACAAAGUUUUGAUGUCUGUGUUAUUAGUAAAAUUAUAUUUAAAUAUAUUUAGCAUUCCACCUCAGCUUCUUUUGGUCCCAGAGAUGCAUCAAUAUAAUACGGUUGACUAAUCUGAAUUCCUUGGAGAAUCAGCGCUUUUACUAAAGCUCCCCGUAGUUUGAAAGCUUUAAUGCACCUGAGACUUCCUUACAUGUAGUUGAAUUUAAGAUAAGUAUAAAUAUGUAUAUUAAUAUUAGGUAUGAAUUUAUUUUGUCAUUACAGUAUUAUAUAAAAAGAAAUUACCAUUGUUAAUUCUUUAAGGGGACAAUACACCGGAACUAGCCUAAAAAAUAUCCAUGCUUUUGCAUGAAAACGAGUAGAUGUUUCACGAGAUGCAAAUCAAACUUUCCGUCAAAAACAUAGGCAAUGUAUGGGCAAGCCCACCCACGCGGCUACUUGCGGGUUGUAUGUCUCCCCUUUGGACGCGGUAUUAUUGGUUCACCAGAUACUUACCAUUGGUCGAUCUUCGUGGUUGUCGUUCAUGUGAUAGACACUCCAAUCAGCUACAUUAGGCUCAAGCGAGGAUACAUGAUCUUAAUUUUUGUGGAUAAAGCGUGUCCUGCAAGCUCGACUUCGGGUGAAAGUUUGACUAAAAGCUGUUGUACUAUUAGCGAUAGGCCCACAUUUCUCCUAAAAAUGAUAGGAAUGAUAGGAAAAAUGACAGAAAGUUUUAAAAACGGGCAAAAACUCAUUUUCAAGUCAUUGCCUGAGACAGUUGGCAACGUGUUCCAGCGUAUUACCUCCUUAAUUCAGAUGAUUAUUUUUCUUCUAAACUUAAUUUUUAUGACAAAAAUUAACUUCCUAUGAUGGCCUACUAGGGCACUUGCCGGCAGGGUGGAAAGUGACAAAUACCAUCAACUAGGGUGACUUCGGCAUCCCCAACUAGAAUGUUUCUCCAAAUGGUACUUCUAACAUCCCAUUUGCCGAAGUCAUCCCAAUUGUCGGUAUUAUGUAUGUCGACGUAUUUUAAGUUUUCAUGUGAUCUAUGUAGUACAAACAAAUUAUUUUGCUACUAUGUUUCAACGAAAAAACACAUUAUCCUGUUGCUUUUUUUUUCUCUUCCAAUGUUUGUUAAGAAAUACUUCAACAUCUAUAGGUUGACAAUUACAGGCAACCAAGCACGCGCUGUACACCAGGAGUCUUUUACUAUUAUAUCUUACAUUCAUUUUACAACGAUAUAUGUGUCUACACUCGCAAUAUAAUAACUUGUUGCUGCUUUGUUGUUGGAAAGAAAAUGUAUCAGUUUAUGCGCACAUGAUCUAUACAUAAUGGAAAAUGAAACGAAAUUGUAUAUGCGCAUGUGAUGGAAAGGCGGACGCCUUAUUUUGGAAAGGGAAAUUUUUGGGAAUGUUUCUUUAUUCAAUCUAAUUAUAUUUGUGUAUAGGUAUAAGAUGAAAAAGUAUAUUUGUCUAUGUCUAUAUGCGGAAAGGAAUUUAUUUGUGUCUGCCUUUAUGGCGGCAGUAAAAAUAUUUGUGGAUGGAUUUAAAGAAAGAAAUUUAUUUGUGGAUGAACAUAAAGAAAGAAAUAUAUUUGUGAAUGUCUACAAUCGCAAAGAAAUGUGUAUGUAUUUACCUACAAGAUGGAAAGAAAUGUAUGCUUAUGUCGGGAUGAACACUCCUUGUGUAAUUCGGGGCAGAAAGAAAACAAUCUGUUUGCUUUUGUGUGUCUCUAUAUCUGAAAUCGAUACCUGAAAUCUAUAUAUGAAAUCUAUAUCUGAAAUAAAUGUAUUAAGAACCA